AAGGGAACAAAAUGGAUAACAUGGCAUGCCACUAGCGUACUGAAGGGCUCGACGCGCGGAGAGGUCUUCCGGAGGAGCGCAUUGAAAAAGUUGCAAAGCGAAUAAGCGAACAUUAUCUUGCACAUCAAGAAAGCGAGCGCGUGGACGCACCUUGCGCCUCAGCGCACACCCUCCCCGACGACAUCCUCAAGCUCAUUUUUGAAGAAGCCUAUGAACACACGCAACAUGUUUGCACCCCCAACACCCGUGUCCUUGACGUCACCCACGUCUCGCGUUGCUGGCAACGACUGGCCCUCUCCCUUCCGAGGCUGUGGAGAUGCAUACACGUCGGGCCAUCUACACCUCUUCUAGAGCUCUUCCUCGUACGGUCUGGGACCAUUCCGCUUUUCAUUUCCUGUAUUGGACCGGACAUGGCAGAAUCAUGGGAGACACCUCACGAUAGCUCGUGGCUAGCUCCAUAUUUGCGGCACCUCAUUCUUUUACUCCAGUACGCAGAUCGCGUCGCAGAGAUCGCUAUUCAGACCACGGCCUCUCGUCUUUUUGAAGAGUUCCUCCCCAAAAUGCAGGAGGAAUCGUUCCCGCUACUCGACUGCAUAGACCUCUUGCACGACUCCUGGUUACUCCUUCCGAACACAUGCUUGCAAAUCCAGUAUCCUAAGCUCGAGACUCUACGGAUUUCCCGGAUAACCAUAUCGCUCUCCCCAGUCGUCUUCGAAGCUCUCCAGAUACUGUGCCUUGCCGUCUGCGAGAUCCCUUUCCAGCACUUGUGUGCGCUAGCUGAUACAUCCCCUCGGCUGAAGUCUCUUAACCUGGAAGCGGUAUACUUAUCAGGCCCUCUUGCCCGAUGCGCUCGCUUCGCCUGCCUAGAAUCGCUGAUUCUUCAGUGCAAUCGCCACACUGAAGUAAUGCUCAGCUGCCUCGACGCACCAAUCCUUUCAUCUCUGACACUCGCGCACACAACUCUUGCACCCACCAUGUCGCAGGAAAUACACCAUCCACGUAUCUUUCCCACGGUCCGUACGCUGUGUUUCCUGAACGUGAGCAUCAGACCUCCGCAACAAUACGGUGAUUAUCUGCUGCAAUGCACCCCCCAGGUAUCGACUUUUGAGCUUCGCGCCUGCAGUGGUGCCGACUACCAGCUCUUACGGCACAUCACUACGGUAAAGCCAACUCCCUUACUCUAUCUACAGACCUUAGCGGUCACCCACCUCGCAGAAGACAUAUUUAUUAUGCCCUUGUUGAUGUAGUCGAGCACCGCGUGCGGGACGGGUGUCCACUGAAGGAGCUGAAGCUUGGACGAGAGAUACGAGAAGACAUAGACGACGAACUGAUGGAAUCGUUGGAGAGUCAUGUGCAGGUUACAAUAGCUUCGUAUACGUCGCCAAGGGUCUGGUGAGGCAUCGAGGCGGAGAUUCCUUCGGCAACUUAACGUCGCAGAAAGAAUAAAUCCCAAUCUUGUACCUGA